AUGGUUCGAUUCAAGCAAAGUGGACCCAGACGACAACAAGUGGGAUCUUCCUCAGGAGUGGUAGGACGAUCACGGCAAUCGGGUACUGCAUCCUCAUCAUCGCGAACUCCAAAGGAAGCACCAGUGCGAAAAAAGAAGCGACGAAUGCGACCAGGUGAGGGAGCACUCCGUGAAAUCAGAAGAUACCAGCACACUACCGAUUUGUUGAUCCGGCGACUUCCGUUCGCUCGAUUGGUCCGAGAGAUUCAACAAGGACUGACCAAUCGGCCUUAUAGUUGGCAGGCUUCGGCCAUUUUGGCACUACAAGAAGCCAGCGAGGCUCAUUUGAUUGGUCUAUUUGAAGAUUGUAACCUAUGUGCCAUUCACGGCAAGCGUGUUACCAUCAUGCCUAAGGAUAUGCAAUUGGCAAGACGAAUCCGGGGACAACAUAGGGAAUAA